UAAGGAAUAUAUUUACGUUGAUGAUUCAUAUGAUGGUGACAACAUGAAGCAAUUUGUGUUGAUUAUUUUAGUGUUUCGCAGCUGUUUUGCAAAUUCUAUACACGAUGUUACAACUUCGGCAUUUGGGUCAGUUGUUCAAGGAAAGUUAGCAGCCUUUGGUGAUUUUAAUUCCGACAAACAUACCGAUAUUUUUACCCUGUCUGAUGAUGGUAAAACCCUCAAACUGUUCACUGCUACCUCAGACAGAACAUCCACAGAAUUCAAGUUCACAGAGACAGUACUCCUAACAUCGAGUUCUGAGGAUGUGUUCACUAACGUUGUGCCUGCAGAUUUCAAUGGAGACACACAGAUGGACUUGUUUGUAACUACUCAAAAGCUGCCAGCCUCGAAUACUGCAGUUAAUGGCUGUAUUUAUUGGGGCUCUUUGUCAAAAGGAAGCGUACUAGAUCACAGUGAUAAACUAUGCCUCAGUGAAAUGCUAAAUGACCAGCCCUCAGUCUUGGAUAUGAAUGGAGACAUGAUUCCAGAUUUAAUGGGAGAGAACUCUGGAGGAGUCCGCAAGUACUGGAUCUUUCAUAAAGACACCAAGAAUUAUACAGUGCAGCCAGUACCUGGCAGUCUCCCAGCUUUAACUCAUCCAACAGCGGGGGCAUUUGUGGACAUAGAUGGAGACUUGGCAGCAGAUUUCUGUAUGAUGUCUGUGAAGGAUGGCAAAAGGCAGCUUGAAGUGUGGAUGAGUAUUAAUGGGAAAUUAACAAAUACCAAUAAUAUCACGAUGGAUGAGUUUGCAGAUAAAAAAGUUAUAGGACAACCAGUUUUUGCGGAUUUUGGAAAUCAAGAUUCUACCAUUGAAAUUCUUCUUCCUGUUUGUGAUGACGACCUGUGCACCAAAAGUUUCAUAUAUUUGUAUCUCAGUGACAGAAUCUCACCUUGGACAAAGUUACCUAUAAGUUUUAAGGCAGGGAGCCAGGACUGGGGCUUUGUCCCUCCCAGCAAGGGUCUGGAUGGUGCCCCCAUCACUCUCAGGACCGGGGACUACAACCUGGAUGGAUUUCUAGACAUGGUGGUCGUUUUACAGUCUACAGAUAGUAAAGGGAACCUGACAAGGAAGGCCCUUAUCUUACAGAACAUUCCCUGUAGUGACGCAGCCUGUGAUGGGUUGGGUCGCUCAUUCAGUGUCAGGUGGGAUUUGUCCCUCCAUCCCAGUGCCGACUUAGCCGUUUACCCAGCAUUCUUUGACUACAGAGAAAAUGGCAUAUUGGACAUAAUUUUGACUACAUACAGCAAGGACAAGAAAUACCAUACUCAUUUAUUGGAGCAAGAGUUUUCAGAAGAUGCUAACUUCCUCAAAAUUAUGGUUGUAAGUGGACUGUGUUUUGGGAAUUGUCCUAAAGAUAGAGAGCCCUAUGGAGUAAACCAGUAUGGGCCUGUCGUUAAGUACACCACACAGGAUGUGGAAGGGAAAACAAUCACAGGGACAGCCACUCAGCUGUCUCAGUCAGCCUACACACCCCUACAGCUACCGUACGCCGUAUUUGGUCUCGGACAAACUCCAAACUUUGUGGACAAAAUUGAGGCAGGCAUUCCCAAUCCCCCAGGAACGGGUAUACGUAAAAAGUCUUGGUCUUCCAUUAUUCCAAAUUCUCAGCUGAUUGUUAUCCCAUAUCCCAAUGAUGAUCCAAGCAGUUGGAAGUACAAGAUGUUUGUGACCCCGAGUCGUAUGGUCAUGUUGACGGGGGCCACGUUACUGGGGACGUGUGGUUUUAUUGCUGGGCUGGUUGGCAUAUUACAUUGGAGGGAAAAGGUUGAAGACAAGAAAGAAAAGUUGCAGGAGGCCCACAAGUUCCAUUUUGAUGCCAUGUGAUUAACUACCUCAAACAUAUCAGACACAUGCAUAAUAUGGACUUCAUUCCCAAAGGAUUUCUUGCUGCUUUCAUUUCGUCCAAAGGACACUCUCACUGUGAUACAAGUGCAAUUAUUUUCUUUGUUGAUCUCUGUGGAUUAAGUUGUAGUAAUUAUGUCAUAUAUGUGUUUAUAUUUAUUUGAAUAUCUCAUUUACUUUGAGAUUACUUUGCCAGCUUUUUUUUCAAGGGAGAUAAUAGCUGCUGUUAAUUAUGAAGACUGUUUUAUUUUUUCACAUUCUGACUGUGUUUUUCAAUUCAUUGUGAAGCCAUAUAAGAUGCUUAAGAAGAUAGUCAUAUAUAUCAUUAACAUGUAUUCUAAUGUCUAAUGAGAAGCCAUGAGCUUUUAAACAUUAUUGUGUUAUUGUAA